AUGACCAACCUAUCAACGCCAAUCCGCCGCGUCCUCACCGCAAGUGACCCCAAAGGAAACGGCUACUUCGCCUCCGACGACCUUCUUACACCUUACGAUCCCACAACAGCGCCCGAAUUCUCCCUUCCAACUGAAAAAUCCGCAUUCGGCGUAAUCCAACUCCAUCGCACACGCGGUUUCCCCGCGGACAAUCAACGUCCAACCCUUGUACCCCUCGCAGACACAAAAGGUCCCUCAGCACGAAUUAUCGAUCUACCUCCCCACCAGGAAGGAGGAUGGAUGCAUCGCACGCUCAGUCUGGAUUAUUGCGUUGUCCUCAGUGGCUCUGUUACAUUUAUUACUGAUGGCGGGGAAGAGAAGACGCUCAAGGAACAUGAUGUUAUCGUCACCAGGGGUGUGAAUCAUGCUUGGGUGAACCGGGGCGAGACAGUGGCUAGAGUCUUUGCGGUUGUUGUACCGGCUUUGCCGAUUAUCACGGAGGAUAGGGUGCAGUUGGAUAAGACUCCUGCGGGGGAGAUUUUUGAUCCGGAGGAGGAGGAUGAUUGA